AUGCAGCCUAACAUUGGUCAUAUAUUAGAGGAUCCCCUACUCUGGGGUAGCGUUUCGGAGCAUACGGAGCGAGACCGCGCUCUCUUACAAGAUAUAGAUUCCUUGUUCGGAGACCCUAUCGAAUCUUUCAAUGACGACGACAAAGAUGGUCCCUUAGACUCUGCUGAUGUCCCUCCUCACCAAAAUGACCCAGCAUACGGUCUCCAGUGGACUAGAGACGAUAGUUCCUUUUCCGUAAGACCUGAAUGGACUAUUGAACCGACAGUUGACUCUAUCAUCCUAACCCUCCGGAAAGUCGUUGGCCCAGAUAAGGAGUAUAUAGUUCAGCAUUACUGGAAUGGGGUGUAUAGUAAAAUAUAUCGUGUCUCGUAUGACGGGAUGCGCUUCAUCUUGAAGGUAUCUCUACCAGUAUGUCCUAAAUCUAUGACAGAAAGCGAAGUUGCAACAUUGCGAUGGAUAGACGAGAACACCCGUCUACCCGUUCCUAAAGUUCGCCACUACGAUUCCUCGCGAAACAGCCCUAUAGGUUUCGAGUGGAUCUUGAUGGAUCAUAUAGAUGGGAUGCCCCUUUCUCAAUGUUGGGAAUCUACCACUCAAGGCGCCAAGGAACGCAUCGUCAAGCAAAUUGCCGAAUAUGCCGCAAUUUCCUUCACGAGGCAAUUCAGAGGGAUUGGCAAUAUAUACCCUUUGGAAUCGCAUCAGUCUGAUCUACAAGCUCGUGUGGGUAAAAUGGCCUCGAUGGUGCUCUUCUAG